UGUUUGGAAUUUGGCCUUCAUGGUGCUUUAGUACGCUUGCUUGAAGCAGCCCGGUGUUUUUCGCUACGUUUCUUCGUUAUGGCUUCACGGGCUGGACCAAGAGUCGAGGGGACAGAUGGAAGUGAUUUUCAGCACCGGGAACGUGUGGCGUCACAUUACCAGUUGAGCGUGGCACUAAAAUCAGAGCUCCGAAAGCUGAACAUGGCACACGUGGCACUGUGGGCGCUGGUGCUGGCACAGGUGUUGGUGAGCCAGCUGAAUUUGCUCUCUCACAAACUGGUGGCAAGCCCAUACCAGUGGGAGUACCCAUAUCUGCUGAGCAUUGUACCCACACUUCUCAGCUUCAUGGCUCUGCCCAGGAACAACAUCGGCUACCUGGCCGUGUCAAUGAUUGGCGCAGGGCUCUUUUGUGUGGCGCCCAUCAUUUACGGUGCCAUGGAGAUGUUCCCCGUGGCACAGCAGCUGUACCGGCAUGGCAAGGCGUACCGCUUCAUUUUUGGCUUUUCCGCAGUCUCAGUUCUCUACCUGCUCAUGGUGGUGGCAGUGCAGGUUCAUGCCUGGCAAAUCUACUACAGCAAAAAGCUUUUGGAUGCCUGGUUCACCACCACUCAGGACAAGAAGAAGAAAUGAGGAGGCGUGAUGAGGUGGAUAUGGAGAGUUUAGAACAGUUCUCAGUGGUUAACCUGUUUCUUUUUGCGCUUUUUCACAAACAUACC